AUGGCGAUAUCACGUUUCGAUCCCGAGCGUCAGGCGCAAGUACCUGGAUCUCGGCAGACUCUUUCAAGGAUGAGAAGGAAAGUGAAGAAUAUGCCGACCCAGGCCUUGUCUGCUGCCGAUCUUUCUGCAACUUUGCCUUCUGAUAUUUUCGCUUCAAGUCGUCCGAACAUGGUCCGACCUAGACGGGGGCUAGUCAGCUCCUCUCGUGAGACCGUUGUGGGAGAGCUUUGGGCGGACCUCCGCCGCGAGGGUUGGACAGGUGAGGCUGAUGCUGUGGAGGCUGCCAUGAAAAUUAGGGCUGAGGCGUGGGAUAUGGAAGCCGUGCCGUAUGGAAGUGAGAUGGCAUGGGAUUCUACGGGACAGGAAGGCAUCUACUACUGGAGCAAGUGCGUGUCCGGUCUUGGUAGCAGAAGUUUGGGAAACGAGCCGAGUGUUCCAGAUCAGCGGCUAGACGGCGUCUGUCUGCAAUGA